GACACCUUUGGGCACCUUGUUCCGCCGCCAUCUGGAAGGAGGAGCAUCGACGGUUCGCGCGUGUCGCACAGAUUCGCGCUCACGUCACGCAAGACACGACACACGAAGCUACGACUUCUUGGCGGUGGCGGCCGACUUCUUGGCGGUGGCGGCUGUUCCACGGCGGCCGUCACACCACCGAGUUGA